ACACAUUGAGCACUCCGAGAGAGAGAGUGUGUGUGAGAGAGAGAGAGAGGUCAGUGCGCGUGAGGACUCGCUGGAUGAGACGCGGUAAGUGAGAGUACACAGCGACCGAGCGGUGAGAGCUACAGUAACACAGCUUGUGGAUACACGGAAGCACACACUGCGUUAGGAGCGGAGAGCAGAAGCAACGUAGAAGGACGGUGCAUUACAGACUUCCAAAAGGACUCGAAAACCUUCAAACACAUCUUGUUCAGAGUUCCAACAGAGAAUGAAGUCCGUUUGGCUGGUGAUUGUGGUGCUGACAGGUUGCUGUUGGGCUUCCCGUUUCAGUCAAGACUCAACCCAAGUUCCCAAUCAGGAAGAGAAUACAGCCUGGAACGACUCCAGUGCAGAGCAAUCUGGGUCACGGAACACACCCAACACCCCGAUUCCACCCAUGUGCGUCAGACCCAGUGAGAUCAGGCACACGUUUAAGUACAUAAACACUGUCAUAUCCUGCAUGAUUUUUGUGGUGGGCAUCAUCGGAAACUCAACACUGCUGCGCAUCAUCUACAAGAACAAGUGCAUGAGGAAUGGGCCAAAUGUGCUCAUUGGCAGCUUAGCUUUGGGAGAUCUUCUCUACAUUCUUAUUGCCAUCCCUAUCAACGUCUUCAAGCUUCUAGCAGAAGACUGGCCAUUUGGUGUGUACAUCUGCAAGCUCACGCCGUUUAUUCAGAAGGCCUCAGUGGGCAUCACAGUUCUUAGCCUGUGUGCCCUUAGUAUUGACAGAUAUCACGCUGUGACCUCAUGGAGCCGAGUGAAAGGAAUGGGCAUUCCGUUAUGGAAAGCUGUGGAAGUAACACUCAUCUGGCUACUGUCAGUGAUCCUAGCAGUUCCUGAGGCUUUGGCCUUUGACAUAAUGGACAUGUUUUACAGAGGCAAGAAACUGCGGGUGUGCUUGCUUCAUCCUGUACAGACCACAGAGUUUCUGAAGUUUUAUCAGGAUAUAAAGGACUGGUGGCUGUUUGGCUUUUACUUCUGUUUACCACUGGCUUGCACUGGUGUCUUCUACACCCUUAUGUCAUGUGAGAUGCUGAAAAGGAAGAAAGGAAUGCGCAUUGCCCUUAACGAUCAUAUGAAGCAGCGGCGGGAAGUGGCUAAAACUGUAUUCUGCCUCGUGGUAAUUUUUGCUCUCUGCUGGCUACCACUUCACCUCAGCCGCAUACUGAAAAAGACUGUCUACAAUCUGAAUGACCCCAACCGCUGUGAGCUUCUAAGCUUCCUUCUUGUGAUGGACUAUAUCGGCAUCAAUAUGGCUUCCCUCAAUUCAUGCAUCAACCCUGUGGCUCUCUACUUUGUCAGUCAGAAGUUCAAAAAUUGUUUCAAGUCCUGCCUUUGCUGUUGGUGCCAGAGGAAUUCUUCAGCCAUCGAGCAAGGCUCAGGAGUCCGCUGGAAAGGGUCAAGUCAUGGUAAUGGUCUUGAUCGGUCCAGCUCACGGUCUAGUCAGAAGUACAGCUCCUCAUAAAUACUUCAUCAUACCUAAGGUUCCUGGGCUUUGCAGCCACCAGGUUUGGCCUCGGUACCACAAAAUCAAUUCCCAUCAUCCCUGAGGGCUCAAACUGCCAUUUAUUUUCAAGAGACUUCCACAUUAAAACUAUGGACCAGGACAAUUGAGCAGAGUCACCAAAUCACUUCUGUUCAAGAAGACUCCCAGCACAAAGAACACAUUUACAUGGUAAUUCAUAGACUGGAUGAGUCUUGCACGUUAUCUUAGUCACUUCUGGCCCAUACAGGCUGGAUCCUGGAGGUCUAAAUAUAGUAUUGCCACUGGAUGGCUCCAGUUUGGGGGCUUUAGGGGCCCAUGAUAAGACUGAAACUGCACUGGAGUGAGAGUAAAGCACUAUGAGUUUUUGGUGUCCAUUUUUACUUUAGACAGAACUUAAGAACUUCCAUAAAACAAAAGGAAUAAUACAUGCUUGUACUUUGCCAACUUGUAGCAGUGUGUAAUACACUAUUGGUAAAUAUGACAUGUAUUGUGUAAGCUUUAUAGCAAACAAGAAAGAUGAUCAUGCUUAGAUUGCUCCUUCACAUUUUCCAAUGGUUCUAGUUUCUGUAAAUGUUUAUUCCACUCAUCCCACUACAACCAUUCAUUCAAAACUGAAGAUACACUGGUUAUAUAUGCAGCUUAAAUUUGUUCUUUAGUAAAAAAAGAUAUGUACAUCUAUGGCGAUUUGUGACACACUUGCUGAAAAGAAGUCAGAGUAAGACACAAAACUCACCCAGUUUAAAAGCCAAAUCUCUGGACUUGUAAUGAAGCGGCAUGAGAAAUGCUUGUGUGCUUCUAGUAGCAGUUACUUUCAUUUGUGUCAACUUUAUGUGAACUUUGACCUGUGAAUUCAUGGACCUUUAUGUUUACAUUUACAUUUAUGAUGUUACCGCUACAGUCUUUUCAAAAUCACAUGCCAUAAGACUGCCUGUAACAGUAAGAGGAAGAAAAAUAAAUUUACUGUAGACAAAUAGGAGAAAAUUUGGUUGUGCAUUUUGGUAAUGACAGAGUGCAGCGUGAUUGUGAUGUCCAUUGCAUUAAAUAUAUUCAAUUAGUAUACAGGCUAUUAUAUACUACAUUAUCUUCAUUAGUUCAUUUUAUUUUUCAAAAUAUAGGGUGUGUAU